UUACGUGUUUGACUAAAUGCCGCGAUGCGCAAACCGAUCGUAGUACGACGUCAGUACCGCGAGAGCAAAUUGUCCCGAAUACUUUCUAAUCGCCUUUGACAUGCCUCGAACACGCAUGUAACGUAUUUCGUCCUAUAUUUCACCGUUUGUCACAACUCCCAAAGACCACAGUUGCAAUUCCUAUGUUUUGGCGCGGAGCAUCUUGGAUGUAAUGUAACAAUGAGCGUCUCCUUGAGGUUGCAUUGUAGCCAGUCAGUCUGCCCGAGUUCCGACACCGCGAGGGAAGUUCCACGUAGGAAGUCGAGAGUGUCCUCUGUGCAGCGUAACAAAAUGACGUCCGGGACUGACAAUGUCAUCCGUUUAAAUCAGUUUAAAAAUAAAGGAAUAGACGCUAAUAAAUUAAGACGAAGAAGAUUCGAGUUCAACGCGGAGCUCCGAAAGGCGAAAAAAGAUGAUCAGAUAUUUAAAAGGAGAAAUGUGAGCUGUGUUUCAGAUGAUGCCGUCUCACCGUCGCAAGAACGCAGUCAGAAUGCACAGCAUUGGACUCUCAAGGAUAUUGUAUGGGGUAUAAACAGCCAAACUAUGGAUUAUCAGUUACAAGCCACAUAUGCAGCAAGGAAGCUUUUAUCAAGAGUAAAGAAUCCUCCAGUGGACCAAAUUGUGGAUGCUGGCCUUGUUGCUAAAUUUGUGAGUUUACUGGAAUUGGCUGAGUGUCCUGCCAUUCAAUUUGAGGCUGCUUGGGCUCUGAAUAAUAUCGCAUCUGGGACCACUGAGCAGACAAAAGCUGUAGUGGACGGAGGUGCAAUCCCAGCUUUCAUUAGUCUGAUUUCCUCUCCUCAUCCUCACAUCAGUGAACAGGCCAUUUGGGCACUUGGGAACAUAACAGGUGAUAGAGCAGCAUACAGAGAUGAAGUAAUCAAGCAUGGUGGCAUUUUUCACCUUCUGUCACAUCUUAGCACCACUGACUUGUCUAUUUUUACACUCACCUACCUGAGGAAUGUCACUUGGACUCUCUCGAACCUUUGCCUAAAUAAAGACCGUGCCCCGCCAAUGGCUGCAGUUAAGCAGAUGCUGCCUGCACUGCUCCGUUUGCUUCACCACAGUGACAGAGAAGUGCUUGCUGACACAUGCUGGGCAGUUAAAUUCCUAACUGAUGGCCAGAAUGAGCGUAUUGAGCUGGUUGUUCGUGCUGGUCUUGUGCCUCGUUUGGUGCAACUUCUUAGUUGUGGGGAUACUGAAAUUGUGACUCCAUCACUAAGGGCGGUGGGUAAUAUAGUGACAGGUACAGAUGAGCAGACCCACAGUGUGUUAAAUGCUGGUGCUUUGGCUGCUUUUCCUUUGUUACUGCGUUAUCAUAAGCCCAGCAUUCAGAAAGAGGCAGCAUGGACUCUGUCUAACAUCACUGCUGGAAAAGACACACAGAUUCAGGAGGUUAUCAAUGCAGGCCUAGUGCCUCCGCUUGUGGAGCUCCUAACGCAGGGAGACUUUAAGACACAGAAGGAGGCAGUAUGGGCAAUUACAAACUACACAAGUGGUGGAACAGUGGAUCAGAUUGGGUGUCUUAUUCAGUGUAAUGUUAUUGUGCCAUUACUCAACUUACUGUCAGCCAAAGAUAUCAAGAUGAUCUUGGUUGUCCUGGAUGGCAUUUUCAAUAUUUUCAUGGCAGCAGAGAAGACUGGAGAAGCAGAAAGAUUGUGUCUAAUGAUAGAGGAGUGCGGUGGAUUGGACAGGAUUGAAGCUCUGCAGACACAUGAGAAUGAGAUGGUCUACAAAGCUGCUCUCAGUUUGAUUGAAAAGUACUUUGGCAAAGAGGUGAGAGAAGAUAAAUCCAUUGGUCUAGGAACCACCUCUGAGGAUUACACAUUCCAGUUUGCUGAUAACAGAAGCACUUUCAACUUUACUUUAUCUUCUCCUUUUUAAGGGCCCUGUUGUUUAUUUUUGUUAGCGCCCAAGCCCUGUUUUUACUCAAGAUUUCAACUGAAACGGUCAUUUAGUUUACUUAUUGAGUGAAUAAUGUCUUGGGAGGCUUAAAAUAGCAAAAAGUAUUUUCAAGAUGUCAUUUUUUUCUCAAAAACAUAAUGGUGAGGUAUUCAUUUAUUUAAAGCGACAACACACAGUUUUUAUUUAGUCAGUUUGACGCUGCAGUAUUUAUCCAAAAAAUGUUUGUUGACACCACAAAUAAGAACAUUAACCCAGUGUUUAGUGAUGUACAGUGUGAAAAGUCAGGUUAUGGAUACCCAGGGCUAUCUCUUUACCCCUGGUAAUUUAUUUAGUUUCAGCAGUGUGAAACAUGAAACGCAUAACACAGGAUUCUGUUGGUUAACGUGAAGUUAACCAACACGUCAAGUGUGAAGACAAAAAGACAGCAUGUUCAACUUGUACAGCUGUACAUAUUCAAGUAUAAACAAAUAUUAUGCAGAAAUGUAAAAUAAAUAAAUUAAAAUCAAUUCUAUUGUCAGACACACUAAAGAAACAGACUUUUUAAUUGUUGCAUUUUCACACUUGACCCAAGUUUACUAUUUUCUAUUAAAGUUGUAAUAUUUUGAGAAUACAUUUGUAGCAAUAUGAGAAUAAACUCUUGUAAAGUAUUUUGAGAAUAAAGUCGUGAUUUUGACAUGAAUGUGUUUGAAGUUGUGUGAACAAACAGAAAUGACAAAAAUUAAAAUACCAAAUUCAAUGUGUAUAUGUCGAAAUCAAAAUGACAAAUUCAAGAUGAUCUAAUCUUGCUAUUUGUGAUCUGGCUAAUUACGUUUUUUUUAUUUAUGUUCGAGUUUGAACAGUAUAGCCGGACUGAUUUCACUUGGAUCAUUAGAUCUUGCGUUAGGGUUAGGGAAUAGAUGGACAGUUAAUGCUGAAUCUGAAGAUGUAUACCCUGGAUUAGAGCGAAAGCGUGAUAAGGCAAAGCGUGUGGACCAAUGAAUGUCCUUUGCUUCCCAUUCUGGUACUGGGGUCUUUCUGAGGUGUGCAUAUGUUAGCCCACCAAAAUCUAGUUUAGCAAACCAUUCUCCACUAUGACCACAAAAGCUUCUAUAAAAAAUGACCUCAAUUUACCAAGUGUGCCAAUAAUAGGACUAUAUGUAAUUUCUAAGAUUAACUAUUUAAGCGCAAAACUGUAAUUUUCACGUUUUAUUUAUUUUGUAGGAUUUUUCAUUAAAAGUUUUUACAAACACAUAAUUCACAACAGCACCAGUUUGGUCAAGCACUUAUUUAAUCUCCUCAG